UAUAUCAGGCAUAAUUCAGUCAUUUUCCGUUGAAAGCAAUAGAAAUUUAUUUUCUGUAUUAGCAUCAACAAUGUUUAGCCCUAUAAAUAAACAAGUUACAUCAAAAUUUCAAAGUGCACACAAGCAAAAAAUUUUAUCGCAAAUUAAUACAAUGCUCUCUGUUGCGAUUCCCGCGUCACCGGUGGAAUCCACCCGAAUACACUCCCUCCGGCGUGGGGCAAAGGUCAAGCCGGUGGCUAAGUCUGCCGCUGCUCCUCUUGCUAAAUCAGCUCCUACUGUAUCAACUCCUCCUGCUAUGUCAGCUCCUUCCCGUCUAUCAGCUCCUCCACCAGUAUCACCUCGUCAGACAUCUAAAAAGACUCCGGAAAAGCCACCAAAUGUAGAGCAGAAGCAUAAUCCUUGCCCAAAUGUUAAAACUUUCCUAACUAAAGAAAAGACAGAGCAGACCAAGACGAGGAUAACUACGGAAGUUCCUCCAAAGACGACAGUGUCCCCUAGAAGGAUAGAAUCCCAAAAAAUCAUAGCCUUCGGUAGGACACUCACCAAUCCAGUGAUGCUCCCCGAUUUCCGGCGAAAGAAUCCCAUUUCUGGAGGGAACGACUUUAAGGUGACCAAGUCCGCCUACAAACCCACAAUGUCCACAAUAUUCUCCUACGAUCUGUCACCGUUGGAGCGAAAUGACUAUGGCCUGUGUCACAAGAAUCCCAUUAAUCCCAUGAAAUCGGUGUCGCCCACAGAGGUGCAGCUACUGCAGAGUGGACAACGUUCCACCUAUCUAGAGAAGCGAUACGAACGCACUCCGGAUGCCAAGUACAACUAUCCCGAGGCCACCAGCAUGAGGUACGGCUGGUUCCACCGCCUGGGGGAUCCUUUCCAGAAGCGAGUACCAAGAAAAAAUUAGAGAAGGUUUUAAGUAACACCCAAGUGUCUUUUUUAAGUAGUUUUGACUUAGCAAGAUUGUAAAUAAAAUUGA